AUGAAGAUCGCGAUAUUCCUAAGUCUCUUGUGUCUGGCCUGGGCAGCCCCCAAGGCUCAGAAGACCUUCCAAGAUCACUUCGAAGAGUUCCUGAAAAUCUGUGUGGAUCUCGAGGGCAAACAUUUUUCGCGUCAAACAGGCACAUACCUUAGAUUCCCUGAGUACCGUGCAGCUUUAAAUGCUAUUGAUCAGCCGAUUGAUUUUAACGAGCUGGCCAAGAGUUUUGAACAAUUACCAGAAUACAGAGCGGUAAUUAAUUUCCUAGCCGAGUACAGCAUUGAUGUUAGCUACUUCGUUAAGCGUUAUGAAGAAUUCGUUGGCACACUCAACGCUGUCAACCCAGACCAGCAGAAGAAACACACAAGACAACGUCGUCAUCCAAUCACUGGGACCACCAUAGACACCAGUGUGGUCGACACAGUCAGUAUGCUUCCAAGGAGACAACUUCGUGCUUUGUUUGCCCAAAAAAUGGCUUACGAUGAAUCAUUCAGAAGGAUUAUUGAGGCCAUCCGUAGCGAUGAAUUCCAAGAGCUUUACCAGAAUCUGUGGGCGAACCGCGUUUUCAGAACUAUCACUGAUGCACUGAGCGAAAGGGGACUACAUUUGAGAUACGCUUUGGAAGAGUUGAUGCCAGCUUUCUUCGGACAAAACAUCCCGACUUACGUGUCCUUCCAAAUGCAGUUCGACGAAUUCCUCGACAUCAUCGUGUCAUUGGAGGGUGCCCACUUUAUGCGUCAAUUUAACAUGGGUUACAAACCAUUCCCCGAGUUCAUCAAAGCUCUAGACUAUGUCGCUAAUACAAGUUUGAUAAAUUAUUACACACACUACGCGCAAAGUGUUCCUGAAUUUAUAAAGGCCGAUACCUUCUUGAGGCAAAAGGAUGUCUUCAUCGCCUACCACAUUGACAGAUUCGAGCUAUUAGUCAAGAGACUUUCUGAGCUAAUUACCGAUGAAGACCGCAAGAACGCUCAGGCCAACAAACCAAACAGACAGCGUCGCCACCCUACCACUGGAACCACUCUCUACACUUGCAUCGUCGACACCGUCAGCUUGCUUCCAAGACAGCAACUUCGCCACUUAUUCGACUACAAAAUGGCCACAAACGAAGUAUUCCAGACAUCGAUCAAGGCACUCAGAAGUGAAGAAUGGAAGGAAAUGUACAAAACCAUAUGGAAGAACGAAGAGUUCAUCAGCUUAGCCAAGACCUUGGCCGAUCACGAUCUAGAUUUAAAAUACAUCUUCGAAGAGUUAGCCCCAGCUCUUUUCGGACAAAACACUCCUAUCUACUUCUCCUUCCAAAACCAAUUCGACGAGUUCUUGGACAUAAUUGUCGAUGAGGCUGGCGAUCAAUUCUACAAACUAGUCGAGGCAUACAUCAACUUCCCCGAAUUCAAACAGAGCCUGGAAUUCGUUGACAAAAGUAAAAUCAUGAGCGUUUACCAGAGACUAGGUAGAACAGCUCAAUUCAACGCACUCGACGUUUAUUUGAAACAAAAGGAUAUCUUCGUUCCUUACUACCUGGAUCGUUUGGAAUUCUUAGUUGGUUACAUCAAUUCCAAUGCGACAAAGGAUGGAUUUGGUGAUGGCGCAUACACUAGAAGCUCUUCACCGGCUUCAGCCUCUGGUUCCUCAAUGAGCAGCUUCCUUAGUGAUUUUAUUAAAGUCCUACCCAAAGCAAAAUUAAAUGCUUUGUACGAACAGAAACUAUCGAGCAACAAAGAAUUCAUUACAGCUAUAGAAGCUUUCCGUGCUGAUGAAUACAAACAACUUUACAAUACCGUAUGGGAGACUGAAUUGUUCAAGGAGAUCGCUGGUGAAUUCUCAAAGAAUGACUUCGAUCUUAAGUACCUCAUAGAAACGUUUACUCCUGCGCUGUACGGACAGAAUUAA